UUAUCAACUCAGUUACAAUAGCAGUCAAAAAAAAGUUAUAAUUUAUAAUUUAAUAAACAAAUUGUGAAAAAAAUAUGGAAAAAAGUAUUUUUCAUCUAUUAAAAUCAUAUUUUAGAAACUCUUUAACCAGAUUUAAAAGAUUUUACAAAGAUUAUAAAUCGGAUCAACAAAUCUACGAUAAAAUAGCAGAGGAUGAUUUUAAAAAUCUCAGUUUUUUUAAAAAAAUAGAAAAAAUAUAUUAUACAUAUAAAAAUGAGUGUAAAUUAUUUAUACAUGAGUCAUUCCAGAAUUAUUCAAUAUAUCCACAACAAUUGAUAGAAGAUGAAGUUGAUAUUGUAUGGAAAUUUGAUGGAUCUCAAAAGUCGCUGGAUCAAUGGAUUGUAAAUUCUGACAGUGAUUAUAAACAUGGUUAUUCAAGUGCUAAGUUAGAAUUAUCAUCUCAUGGUUAUGGAAUAUUUCACGGUACGUUAAAUACCACUCCAGUGAAAGAUGGCAAAACAACAGAUAGUGGUUACUGCAAUAUCACUACAAUUCCAAAAUUUAAAUCUUUUCAUCGAGUAGAUAAAUAUGAUUGGACUAAAUAUAAUGAAAUUGUAUUACGAGUUAAAGGAGAUGGUAGAACUUAUAUGUUAAAUAUCUUACAAAAAUCCCAACUAGAAUAUAAUAAUUUUAUUUAUCAUUAUUUUAUGUAUACAAGGGGUGGUCCACAUUGGCAAAUAGUUAGAAUUCCUUUUUCAAAAUUUGUGAUUUGUAAAAAUGGACAAAUUAGUGAAAAUCAAUAUCCUUUACUUGCAAAUAUUAUUACAAAUUUUGGUAUUACAAUUGCUGAUAAAAUCUCAGGUCCUUUUAAAUUAGAAAUUGAUUAUAUUGGAGUUUGUUAUAAUACAAAUAUUUCUGAAAAUUUUGCAUAUGAACUGUAUGAUGUAAAUAGAAACUAAUAAUUUUUU